AUGCAUGCCUCUUUUCCCAUAGUGGGCGCCGUGGCUCUACUGGCCCGCAGCACUUCUGCGCAGCUGUAUCCUGGCCAGAGCAACCUUAACCACACUUGUCAGCUUCAACAGCCCCUGUUGUCAUGCCCUUCUUCGGAUCCGUCAAAAGUUGACUCCUGCUGCGUUGAAACCUUUGGUGGUCUUGUACUCUCUACACAAUUCUGGAACACCAACUCAGGAGGAUCCGGCCAGUUGCUCCCCAAGGACACCUUCACCCUUCACGGCCUCUGGCCCGAUUUUUGCAAUGGCUCUUACACACAAUAUUGCGAUUUGAACCGGCAAUAUGACCCCAUCCCGUCCCCGAAUACCACCAACGGUCUGCCCAAUGGUACUUUUGUCGCGCCUUACAACGGCUCCAAUAUUGGCACUUUCCUUGAGCCAUUUGGCCGCUACGACCUACUCGACUACAUGAAUAAUUACUGGAUCGCCUUCCAGCAAGACAAUCCGGGCUUCUGGGGCCACGAGUUUAGCAAACACGCUACAUGCUUCUCCACCUUCAAUGUGCCGUGCUACGGUCCCAUGUACCGUCAGCAUGAGGAAGUGGUGGAUUUCUUUGAGACGACGAUCAAGUACUACAAGCGCUUUCCGACAUUCAAAUGGCUUGAGGAGGCCAGCAUAACGCCUUCCAAUGCGACUGGAUACUCCUAUACUGCUAUUCGAGACGUGCUGUUCGCAAAACACGGCGGUGUACCGUUCAUUGGAUGUAAUGGACCAAGAUACAGUGAGUCUGAUGUCUCUCCCUGGAACAGUCAAGCAUACACCGAGGUUGCCUGAGAAUCACCGCCCACUGACACAUGUUUUCAAUGUCCUUCCUGAUAAUACUCGCUAACUGUGGCUUCUUCUUGCUUAGACACCACGGCUGCUGGCAAGGGGAGCCUGGAUAACGGAUACACUGCCCUCAGCGAAAUCUGGUACUAUGAAUACGU